CAACUUUAUUUGUAUAGCACUUUUAAAAUAAGGUUCACAAAGAGCUUCAACAUGCAGAAAAACAAAGCAGCAGAACCCAAAAUAAAGUAGAAAGCCAGCAAAAUAACAUCAGAUACCUAAACAACGUCAAGAGAACCCUGAAGGUAAAAUAACCUAAACUAGACAAAACCACAAUCUACAUAUCAAAUCAAAACAAUAUUAUUACCCAGAGAUCAUGAGACGUCAUCAGUACUAAAAUAUCCCAAGAACUCAGAGAUCCUGAGAAAUAAUAUGAAUUCACGGCAUGAGUACCCAGCCAACACAGGUACCCAAAUACAAAACCUGAGACCACGAGGAUCCACGUUUUAAUGAGUAAUUAAAAGAAGCAAUAAAAAGCAAAUACAUUCAGAGAGCUAAAAUAAUAAAGGAAAGAGGAAAGUAAAAGCAUAAGUUUGAGGAAGGAAAACAAAAGAAGUGAUACAAAAACCAAUAAGAUCAUCCUAAAUAAAGAUAACAAAUCAUGAUUAAUAGGUAAUUAAAACAAUAAGAGUAAAAGACAUCAAUACACAUUAAAAUACAUAAUAAUAGUAAUAAUAAUCAAAGGCAGAUAGAAAAACACAGAGAAGAUUAAAGGAAUAGGAAGAUUUAAAAGAACACUACAUCACAAAAAACAGAUCUAUAAAAGUGGGUUAUAAGAAGUGAUUUAACAGAAGCCACUGAUUCUGCGUUCCUUAUCUUCUCUGGCAGGUUGUUCGAAAAUUGAAAGGUCCUGAUGGAGAAUGCUCAGUCACCUAUGGAUUUUAAGUCUUGACUUUGGAACAACCAGGAGGCCCCCACCAUCAAAAAUUUGAGCACUAAGUAAACCCCAUUCUUACAGUAUUUGUGGGAAAGAUCCAACAGUGAGAUUACUUUAUUUUUUCAUAGCAGAAUCCAUGACAAAAGUUCCACACCUCUACAAAUUUUGACAUGUACCGUUAAAAAAAUGAAUUAUAUCACUGUAUAUUGAAAGGGCCAGGAAUUUAGUAGUCAGAGACCUUACCCUAACCCUUAUUCAAUCAGGGAUGAGAUUGACAUGCAAGAAAUUGGUGUUAAUAUUAUAAAUAAAACACAGGUAAUUAAUGGGUUAAAUACCACGAGUGCAAUGUGAGGAAAAUAUAUAAACAUUAUAUAAUAAAACAAUAAACAUUAAUGGAAUUUUGGUAGAACGGACACCUAGUGUUUAAAAGCUCAACACCCCCAUCUGCUGCUGUCUUUUGGGACUUCUGAGUAGACACGUCAAAAAUAGUUUAGCACUUAACCUUACAACUAAAAGUGUAUAUUACGUCUUUUAAAGUAGUGAUCAUAUAAAACCGAAUAAUUCUGUUAGGGGGUGUGAGGAGCUUCCGCAUCGCACGCAGUGGUUCGCUCUGUUUCAGCGCUGUUUUCAGACCAGUUGUGGGGUUGUCUCUGGAUAUGUCUUACAGUUUCGUCUUCUGGCCUCAAAAAUGUGUGUGACAAGGUUAAGAAGCCAGUAGAGUGAGUCUGACCCCAAAAAAGAAAGCACUGUAGUACGUAAAGUGGUUGAACAUCAAACCGGGACACGCUUGAAAUCAAAUCAGGCCAACCUGCGGCCGGAAGCCCCGCCCAUCCAAACACUAGCAGAAACGGCUAACAGUUAGCUUGUUGCUGUUGGCCUGGUAAACUAGUCAGCCUCGACCUGUAACUUUUACGCAUCCUGGACUUUAAUCAGUGUUUAAAGUUCAAGGGGGAAAAAACAAAUCCAGCAUGUGCUCGGUCGUUGGAUGUGAGUCUUGGCGUCGCGGUGUACAGCGGUACAAAUUACCAGAAGACCCAGAGAGGAGACUGGAGUGGGUUCAGUUUCUGUUUGAGGUCAAUGGACAGCAGCUCCAGGAGUCAAACUGGACCGAUAUCACAGUUUGUAGAGAUCACUUUAUUAAAGACUGUUUUGAAAAUCCAACUUCUUUGCCUGACAUUGAUCAGCUUUCGUGUAGUGCAGUCCCAACUUUGAAAAGGAAGAUAGGGCCAGACAAGCCUCCUCGUCCUCGUGCAAAGCCAGCUCGUAAGGGGCCUGUAUACACAGAUGUUGAUUGUCAGUGUGACCUUGAAACAGGUUCUCAACCUGAUUCUUCAAAUGCUAUUUCUGCUGGAUCUGACACAGGAAAUGCUGUAUAUCUACCCACCAAACGAAAGUUUGCUGUGAAUGAAAGCUGCCUUCUUGAGCUGUUUCGCCACAAGUGCCCAUCAUGUGACUCUAAACUUCAGACAGAGAAAAUCACCCAUGGCUGGCUCACCAUCUUGAGCCAGCACUGCCUUGAGUGUGACUACAGAUACAAAUGGAAAAGCCAGAUUGAUGCCAGCAUCCCACCAGCUGUAGAACAGCACCUUACAGGAGGCACAGAAGUCACUCCAGAAACCGAACAGGAAAUGAUGACGGACAACAACCCUCGAGACAGAUUUUUCUCUGCAAUUGUGUCUUUGAGUGAUGAAGAAGGUUGUCCUUUAGAAGAAGAAGAGGAAGAUGAUGAUGAUGGUGGUGGUGCAACUUCAGAUAGAGACUCGAAUCCGGACAAGGAUUUUUUGCUGGCUGAAGAGCUAGAAAACGUUUUUGAAGAAGAGAGUGAAGAGGAGUAUGAAGAUGAAGAGGACGAGGACUGGGAGGAAGAAGAAGGAAGUUCUGAUUCCCAAAGUGGCCGAGGAAUGAAAAAGCUCUGCCCAGAGUGUGGAAGUUUUUUUUACACUCACAAGCCUCACACAUGUGAGUACAAAAUCAAACCUUUCUCCUGUAACAUUUGUGGCAAAAGAUGCGUCACUGAGCUUUCCCUGCACGUUCAUAGCAGGAUCCAUGAUGAAAACUACGAACACCCGUGCAAAUACUGCUGGGUGACUUUCAGAACAAAAACGGACAAACUUAAACACGAGCAAGUUCACCAAGACAACAAAGAUUGUUACAACUGUCGCAAAUGUCCGAUGACAUUUACCACCAGUAAAAAACGCAGAACCCACAUGUCACAACACAAAAAGGAGGGGUUCAAAUGUGGAGUUUGUGAGCUUGAAUUUCCCAAGAAGCAGCAUCUUCUCAGACACUCUGUUGUGCACACAGGAGAGAAGCCGCACAAGUGUACAGUUUGCGAGCGUGCCUUCGCCCAGGCGAGCCACCUGAAGUCUCACAUGCGCCUCCACACAGGAGAGAGACCUUUUAAGUGCCAGCAUUGUGACAAAUGCUUUAACCACAAUGUGAGCUUAAAGAGUCACGUCCAGCGCUACCAUGCGGGAAGCUCUGGGCCUAAAAGUAACAAACGAAAGAGAGAAAAGAGGGAAACUGACUCUGCUGAUGCUGACACCAAUGGUAAUGGAAAAGGCUCAGAGUCUGAGGUAGAUGGAGAUGGAGAGAACGAUGCAGAGGAGAUGCCAAAAAUUAAACGGAGGUGGAGGCGCACCGGUAGACCCAAAGGACGACCGAAGAAAAACAUAGAGGGUUCAAACAAUAAGACAACGAAACAAAAGGGGAAAAAGUCAAAGAAAAUGGCUUCCAGCUUUGAGGAAAGUGAUGAAGAGCAAUCAGAAAGUGACAUGUCCUGUGACUCAGCAGAAGAAGAAGAGACAACGAGAAAAAGCAAAGGGAGGUCAAAAAGAGGACCAGACAAAGACAGUGACUCUGAUUUUAACCCAGAAGAGGAAAUGAAGGGAAAGAGCAGCACAAAGACCUCAGGCAAACAGAGGGGCAGAACGAAGAAGAAGAAACAAGAGGUGUGAAAGAUAAUCAGACAUUUGUGUUUAAGAGAAGCCAUUGAAAUUGGAGGGCUGUAUAAGUAUUAAUUUCUCUUGGAUAUAGUGAGUAAACAGUUGGACAAUGAGAACCAUGAAACCCACAUAAGCCACUAACCUAGCAGCCAUUGUAUACAACCAUUCACACAACAUCUAACCCCCCCCUUGACUAUCACAAAUUCAUGCUUGGUUGGCAGAAGAGCGAAAACAUCUUUUCCUUUAUGAUAAGCUUUUAGUUUUUUUCAGUACAUCUUAUCCCUGCCUGUAGCCACGGCCUCAUUCUCCUUAAACAAUGCCGAUUGGUCCGAACAAUGUUCGGAUCAACACAAACGUUGGGGAUUGGUGAUUUUCAAGAUGGAUUUGCCUGCUAACAGAGAUGGAGUCUUGCAAAUCCAUCUGCUUUGCAAGAUGAAAUCUUAACUGCUUUCAGCAUCAAACUUUGUUCUCACUUUGUAAACACUGCAGUCAAAAGUCAAACACCACAGAGCAGCCAUUAAACACUACAGAGAAACCGCUGUGGUCAGUGGUCGCUUCAGGAAAAGUUCAUUUUUGAAUCAGUAGAAAGAUGGCAAAUAAGCCAUGUUCAUGACAAUGAUUGAUACAAUUGCAAGUUUUCCUAAAUAGAUUUUUAUGGACAAAAUCUUUGGCACACCUGGAGAAGUAUUUACAACUUAGUAUGUUAAAUGGCAGUGGGAGAUUUUUCAGCCAGCGUCCGUCAUUUUCAUUCUAUUAAAAGAACAAGGACUAUCACAGUUACUAGGGGUGCACAAAAUUUGAUUUUUGAUAAUAUCCAAGACACCAACAUUCAGUCCUCAAAAACGGUCAGUCCUUAAAACACACAGUUUAAAGUUUUUGGGAUGUAUACAUUUCAGUCUUUGAAAUAGACUUUGAAAAAGUCUUUAGCUGACGUACAGUAGUUCUAGUUUUCCAGACUAAAACUCCACAAAUGUGUUUGAUUGCACACCCCUAAUUUACAGCUGAUAUAGGCUGAUUUUUACUUCCAAAAUAUUGAUUUAAAAUAUUAGCAGAAAUGUUGAUAUCUGCAGACACAAUAAUUCAGUUUUUAGGCUAACAUGUCCAACUUGUCCACUAUUCGCACCACUUCUCUAGCCACUUCUCACACAUUUUUGUCACUUUAGGCCCUUUAUUGACAUUUUUUGCAAUUUCUCCACUAUUUUGCCACUUUUAUUUCCACUUUCACUCCACUUUUGAUUUCAAUUCAGAAAUUUUAAUAACCGCUAAUACAAUCAUUGACUUUUUAAGCUAAUAUCUGCCAAUACUGAUAUUAUUCAGAUGAUAUUGUGCUUCCCUAGAAACUUUAGUUCUUGGGGUUGGUCCUCCUCUCUGUCUCCUACCACCUCUCUCUCUCCUCCUACCGAGACUCACAGAUUGUCUCCAUCUAUUUUUGAUAUAAACUUUAGCUCACUUUACCUCUCUGAACUGGCCUAAAGUGGUUCCACAUCACAAGGACAAGUGUUUUCAGUUUUGAUGGGCUGUGUUGAAACAGUGACAACUUUGCUUACAUCCUGUCUAUCUUCUGCCCCCCAGUGGUUACUAUCAUGCAUCGCAUGUGCAUCACAAUGCAAAAUGUGUUUUAGAGAGUAAGAUUGUUUUUAUUGUUUUGCAAAAAAACAAAUGAGCUUUGCAAGUUAUGGCUAAUAAGGUAAAAGUAUUUAAGGUUCUACCAACAGAGGGGCUGAUUUGAUAAAUUACUUUAGGCAACUGAACAUUUGGCUCAGAGAAUAGGAAAGAGUAUUUUAGCAACUGUAAAAAACUAAGUAUUGGGUAAGUGGUUUACAUAAGUACUAAUUACAGAAAAUUUGGGAACAAAAUGUAGUAAAAAGGGUUUAACUUUUUUCUUUUUUUUAUACAUUUUUGUGGGGUUUUAUGCCUUCAGUCAGUGAGGAGGAAAGUGGGUAGAAGUGGAUUAGGCAAUAAGAGAAUGAAGGAGAGACGCACAGGAAAAGAGCCAGGCCAUCCACAACCCGAAACAAAGGGUUGUAACUGUUUAGUAAAUGUGUUCUCCACCCUUGUAAUUAUUUUAGUUUCAAGUUUAAUUUUGUUUAAUGUUUCAUAUUUACACUUCUAAGGUUCAUUCACAGCUUUGUGGCACAGCCGGUGUUCGAACAUUCACUCUAAAUGGUAAGACUAUGUCACUCAUUUGAGUUAUCGAUCUGUUUGUAAGGAUAUCAGUCAAGUUUCUGGUGAAUUGCUGCUUCAUAUUUGGUUUUAUAAAUAAAUGAUAAUA